CAGGCGCGUCGCGGCGGCACUCCGCUGGGCCCGGGACGCGCCGGCGGCGGCCGAGACUCCGGGGCUGCGGCGCCGCCCGCCCGCCCCGCCCGCAGCGUCUGGCCACCGCGCGUCGCCCGCACACGCCGCCGCCAUGGGCUCUUGAGGCUAGCUUGUCGCCUCCUGCAAGGGUUUCCCUCAGGGAGCCUCCUGCUGCCAGGCACCAUGACCGUGAGGGGGGCUGCGCUGGCCCCGGAUCCAGCGUCGCCCACGACCGCAGCAGCUUCCCCCAGCGUCUCCGCGAUCCCCGAGGGCAGCCCCACCGCCAUGGAGCAGCCCGUGUUCCUGAUGACUACCGCCGCUCAGGCCAUCUCCGGCUUCUUCGUGUGGACGGCCCUGCUCAUCACCUGCCACCAGAUCUACAUGCACCUGCGCUGCUACAGCUGCCCCAACGAGCAGCGCUACAUCGUCCGGAUCCUCUUCAUCGUACCCAUCUACGCCUUUGACUCCUGGCUCAGCCUGCUCUUCUUCACCAACGACCAGUACUACGUGUACUUCGGCACCGUGCGCGACUGCUACGAGGCCUUGGUCAUCUACAACUUCCUGAGCCUGUGCUACGAGUACCUCGGGGGAGAGAGUUCCAUCAUGUCGGAGAUCAGAGGGAAGCCCAUCGAGUCCAGCUGUAUGUACGGCACGUGCUGCCUCUGGGGAAAGACGUAUUCCAUUGGAUUCCUGCGGUUCUGCAAACAGGCCACCCUGCAGUUCUGCGUGGUGAAGCCCCUCAUGGCCGUCAGCACCGUGGUCCUCCAGGCCUUUGGCAAAUACCGGGACGGGGACUUUGACGUCUCCAGCGGCUACCUCUAUGUGACCAUCAUCUACAACAUCUCCGUCAGCCUGGCCCUCUACGCCCUCUUCCUCUUCUACUUCGCCACCCGGGAGCUGCUCAGCCCCUACAGCCCCGUCCUCAAGUUCUUCAUGGUCAAGUCUGUCAUCUUCCUCUCCUUCUGGCAGGGUAUGCUUCUGGCCAUCCUGGAGAAGUGUGGGGCCAUCCCCAAGAUCCACUCGGCCCGCGUGUCGGUGGGUGAGGGCACCGUGGCCGCCGGCUACCAGGACUUCAUCAUCUGUGUGGAGAUGUUCUUCGCAGCCCUGGCCCUGCGGCACGCCUUCACCUACAAGGUCUACGCAGACAAGAGGCUGGACGCGCAAGGCCGCUGCGCCCCCAUGAAGAGCAUCUCCAGCAGCCUCAAGGAGACCAUGAACCCGCACGACAUCGUGCAGGACGCCAUCCACAACUUCUCGCCCGCCUACCAGCAGUACACGCAGCAGUCCACGCUGGAGCCCGCGCCCACCUGGCGUGGAAGCGCCCACGGCCUCUCACGCUCCCACAGCCUCAGUGGUGCCCGCGACAACGAGAAGACUCUCCUGCUCAGCUCUGACGACGAGUUCUAGGUGCAGGCUGCAGUGCGGGGUGCUGGCGCCGUGGCCGGAGGCAAGCUGUUCCCACCCCCAGGCUCACAGCCAAGCCAGGAGGCGGCUGGCACGGCUUUGGCGUUGCCCUGUAUUUAUUGGACCAGAAACACUCACAUAUCACUUCCAGAGGAACGGCCAGAUGCUGUCUGCCCAGGGGGACGGGUAGGCUCUCCCACGAGCCUUCAGGAAUAUUCCUGCAUGGCUGCCCCUGCACUUCCUGGGCAAGGGGCAAAGGACAGUGGAGCAGUUCCCACGCCCCUGCUGCUCGUGUUAUGGCUGGGCAUGCCGGGACCAGCUGUGCCCAGGCCAAGCGCCGUGUGUGGACCAGCGGCUGCAGCCUUCUAGACACCUCUUCCCCAAGAGACUCUGGGCUGAGGUUGGCAGGCCCCAGCCCACCCCCUACACCGUGCAAUACUCUGACCUGGGCUCUUCCCGCCUGCUCCCCUCCCCUGUCCACCUUUGUCCCAUGCUAGAUUUGCCUAACCUCGGGCAGGAGGAGGAAAUGGGGAUGUUCUGUGGACCCCCCUCCUGACCCAGGCCGACUUGGCAUGCUGCAAGGAUCAGAGCCAGACCCCAAGAGCCAUGGGUCCCACCUACGGAGAGUGCUCAGAGGCCCCUGGCCCCUGGGUGUCCUUGCCGUGGCUGCACCUCUGCCCACCUUAUGCCCUUCCUCCCAGCCUACUGAGGACAGCCAGCAGCCCGCACUGCCCUCUCGCUUGGGGCCUUCCUCAUGGUAGAGUUCUGGGGGGAGCCCUGUGCUGCUCAGGGCCUUCCCACCCUCCCUCCGAGGCCGAGCAGCCAGAACCUGUGCUGGCCCCUGGUCUCUCCCUGGGGCUUCUCCCUCCCGUUUCAGGGGAAAGGUCUGAGUUGCUACAUUUCAGACCAGCGUCCAGAGGAAGAGAGUCCAGUGGGGAGGGUGGGAGGGAUGGCCAUGCAGCUGGGAGGUGGCAGCAGUGGUCCUAGACCCUUCUCCCGGGGCUCUGUCCACACAGGGUCUCCUCUGCCUCACCCCCCCGGCUCCUCUCUUCUGUGCCUUAGUCACAUACAAAAGCUCCCUCCCUAGCCUCGGUCUGUCCCAGACACUCCUUGGGGGCUCCUUGCUAAGCUGCUGGCACUCAGAGGGUCCUGCAGUGCUGGGCCAAGAGCCCUUGGGCAGGCCUCCAGAGUGGCCAGGACCACCAAGUCCCCUUCGCUCACCCCUCCAUGUUCAUAUACCUGGGGCCUCCCAGGGCUGGACCCCCAGGCAGGCCGGUCUUACCUGGCGCCUGGCUUAGGAAGAGGCUGGGCACAAAAUGCAUGUUCCUGCAGACAAAGCUUUCUGGCAUUUAGCAGAUAGUACUUGGGUUGAGGCUGCAGUUGCCUCCGGAAGUGGGUGGGGUGAGGGCGAGGGGCCCCUGCCUCUGGCAUUCACCAUGGAAUCUUUCUUUUGGUCCCUCUUGGAAUGAACAGGGUCCCUCUCUUGGAUCUGUGACAAGGAUCAGGUCCUAGCAAUCUUCCUGGCCUCCCUCCUGCCCUCAUGGCCAAGCCAGCCCUUGGGGGGCCCAGAGGCCUCCAUGUUGGGUACCAGAGGUCAGUUCUGGGCGCCUGUCGGGGGUGUCUGGCCGGUGGGUCCCAAGCUACCCAGGAGGGCAGGGCAGUCGGGGGCUGAGGAGCAGCCCUGGCUCCCCCUGCAUUUGAUUUCUGAAUCCGUUUCUCCAACUCGUUUUUCCUUUCUCCUUCAGGCCAAAGUGUGUUGCUGGUUCUGGCCCCCUUGGACCCUGCCUGCCCAGCACUGUCUGCUCGCAUGGUGGGUGGGGGUGGGGGGAGCUUGGUGGCAGGAACUAGUGGUCCCUGGGGACACGGGGUCACGGGGUUGGGAACACCUGCCAGACUACUCCAUUCCCUCCUUCCUAGGAUGCAUAACCUACCUUGUCUUUUUUUUUUUUUUUUUUCCAGAUAGAGUAGCUCUUUGUACAUAAAAGAUACUUGAAAAAUUAAUUGUAUGAUGUAUGAGAAGACAGAGUCCCCUAGUUUUGUAUCUCGUUGUAUGACUGCCAUGAGUUCCACCGGAAAGCCGCUCUAUUUUGGUCUCUGUGACAUUUUAAAUGCGUGACAGAAGUGAGCAAAUAAAGUGAGGAAGAAAUAUAUAUAUGAGAUAAUAUAGAUUGUAUUGAAAUCUC